CUAAAACCCUAGCGCCCAUUUCGAAGGCUCUGAUUGUUGGUUUGGCAGAGCGGAAAAUAGAGAUGAAGGUCUUUGAAAUCAAUGGCAACACUCUCUCUCUUUCCCUCUUCACCGACGUCACCAACUCCAAGGAACUCCUAGACUCAAUGCAAUCUGGGAAACUUGAUCCUGAAGUUGCAUUUCUUAAUGCAUCACUUAUUCCAGAUGUUUUCCCUGUUCUAGCUGCGGCACAUAAGACACUUAUUGUCAAGUCGCGGGAGUCAUUGACUACACGCACACAACAUUCUGAACUUGUUUACAAUUACUCAGGAUCUAAGCAUAUUACAGAGUCGUUGAAAAGAUGUGGUAUCUCUGACAAUUCAAGUUACAUCCUUGCUGCCCGAUUUAAUGCUUCUCCUGAUGAGAUGAAAGCUGUGGAGAAGCUUAUCAAGGGAAAAGAGAUUGAUUUAGAGGAUUUGGAAGGAAGAGCAGACCAAGCUCAGAUACAAAAGCACUACAAAAUAACUGGCCCAGAGCUAGGGGUAUCCACCCUUGCAGAUGCCAUAACAUGCCGGAUUGCUGCUCGGGAUGCUUUAUGAGAAUGGUGAAGUUGCUGUCUUAUCUUCAUCCUUUCAUUGUUUUUCGGGCUUCCUAUGCUUCUCUUGUCUUUCAGUAAUGAAGAUUAGUGUUCUGUAAUUACAAUGUAGAUUCGCGAGGCAUUGCUUCGUAGGGGAUGGAGCGAAAGGAAUGCCAAUGCCGAAGUAUUUGUGGUUAAACAGUUCUGGUUAAAAUGCUUGGAAAUUUAGAUUAUGUAAUUCUAUGUAACGCUAGAGUUCAAACAUAAACUGUUAUUUUUUGUGCUAUGAAUCAUGUUAUGUUACAGCUUCUUUCUAUAUAAAAAGUUGUAAGCCGUUGCCCUCAA